CGACACCUUCACACAAACUCCAGCCUGACCGGAGGACGCUGGUUUCCCACACCCCGCGGCGUGAGGAAGCGCACAGAGCUGUAAAGCGGGCGCGGCACGGCUCCCGGCGGCCGCUCGCUACCGCCGCCCUCGCCCGCGGUGCUCCCGGGCCGGGAGGAGGCGCACGGCCCCGCCGGGCCGCAGGAAGCGCUGCCGUCACCCGGCCCUGCCCCGCUGCGCUGCCCGCAGGAGGCUGGGCCGCGCUGGGCCGUAGCCGGGCCGCCCCGCUCCGCCUCGGUGUCUCCAGAAGGGAUGCGGCGGCAAGCGCCAUGAGCUGGCGGUCCGGCACCCGCGGCGUGGUCCUCACCGCCUACCACCCCAGCGGCGGGGCCGGCGACGCCCCCGGCGGCCGUCGGUCUGGACAGUAUACAAUGAACCAUGACCAUUCCAAGAAGAUCCCCGAUGGAGCAUCGUUUGACCGUUCAGGAUCCCAGGACUCCUUGGACGAACUGUCUAUGGAUGACUACUGGAAAGAACUUGAAAACAUCCAUGAAACCAGAGGAAAUAAUCACGAGGAACAAGUAGCACUUGUAGUGAAAGAGCCAGAUGAGGGAGAACUGGAAGAAGAAUGGCUGAAGGAGGCAGGUUUGUCGAAUCUGUUUGGAGAGAGCUCUGGCGACUCCCUGGAAAGCAUGGUGUUUUUAUCCACACUGACCCGAACCCAGAAAGCGGCGGUGGAAAAGCGAGUAGAGACUGUCACACAAACCAUGAGGAAAAGAAACAAACAGCACCAGAUUCCUGAUGUCAGAGAUAUCUUCAGGCUACAAAAUGACUCAAAGGGAAAAGUCUGUGAUGGAAGUGAACCUUCAACUGUGAGAACAAGUGAAAACAAAAAUGAAACACAUGGUGGAACAAAAGGUCCAAAGUUCAGUCUUGGAACAGAUGAACAGAAGAGCCUGCUUGAAGACGUGCCAUCUUCAGACACUGACAUCAAUUUGGAGAUAUCAUUUGCAGAACAGGCAGCUAAUCUCAAAGACAGCUCAGUAGGCAAAAUGUACAAAGGUGGAGGGGGUGACACUCUUCUCCCGAAUUUCAGACUGCCGAAGGACAAGACAGGUACCACAAAGAUUGGUGACCUAGCCCCUCAGGACAUGAAGAAAGUCUAUUCUUUAGCACUGAUUGAAUUAACUGCUCUCUAUGACAUACUUGGGACAGAAUUCAAGCAGCAAAAAGCUGUAAAAAUCAAAACCAAAGACUCCGGCUUGUUUGGUGUCCCACUGUCACUUUUACUGGAACAGGAUCAGAAGAAGGUUCCAGGAACCAAGAUCCCACUGAUUUUUCAGAAGCUGAUUGCCCAGAUAGAAGAGACAACUCUGGAAACAGAGGGACUUCUUAGAAUACCAGGAGUUGCGACAAGAGUAAAGGGUCUUUGCCAAGAACUGGAAGCAAAAUUUUAUGAAGGGACUUUCAACUGGGAAAAUGUGAAGCAACAUGAUGCAGCAAGUCUUUUAAAACUCUUCAUCCGUGAACUGCCUCAGCCACUCCUCACUGUAGAAUAUCUCAAAGCUUUUCAAGAUGUGCAGAAUCUCCCAACGAGGAAACAGCAACUGCAAGCUUUGAAUCUUUUGGUUAUCCUUCUACCUGAAGCAAACAGAGACACCCUGAAGGUACUGCUUGAAUUCCUCCAAAGGGUAAUUGACCACCGAGACAAAAAUAAGAUGACAUUGAAGAAUGUUGCAAUGGUGAUGGCCCCAAACCUUUUCACAUUUCAUGGCUUUGGCUCAAAGACUAUUGAACAAAGCGAGUUUGUUAUGGCAGCUGGGACAGCAAAUGUCAUGCGCUUUAUGAUUCAGUACCAAAAACUUCUCUGGACAAUUCCAAAGUUUAUUGUUAACCAAGUGAGAAAACAAAACACUGAAAGCCAGAAGAAGGAGAAAAAGGACAAAGCUAUGAAGAAACUUCUGAAAAAGAUGGCAUAUGACCGGGAAAAGCAUGAGAAACAGGAGAAGACUCCUAAUGAUACUGAUGUUCCUCAGGGAGUGAUACGGGUGCAAGCGCCUCAUCUUUCCAAAGUUUCCAUGGCAAUACAGCUGACAGAAGAACUGAAAGCCGGUGAUAUAGUAGCCAGGUUUCUCAGCCAGAAAAGUGGAAAUGUCCAAACACUCAAGAAAGAAGAGGUCUUUCUUUAUGAAAUAGGAGGAAAUAUUGGAGAACGCUGCCUUGAUGAUGAUACCUACAUGAAGGACCUAUACCAGCUCAACCCAAAUGCUGAGUGGGUUAUAAAACCUAAGCAGAGCUAAGAUCACAACAAAUAGCAAAACCUCCAACCUGUGGACUUACGUUGUACGGCUGAAUGUUUCAAGGGGAUAGGUGUCCUUUCAACAUUCAACCAUUAUGUAUAUUAAUAGAACUUUAUCCAGUUUAAAAAAAAAAAAAAAAAAAGGCAAUGGUGACCCAACAGUUAUAACCAGUAAACUUUCAGUUUUACUUGCAGCAAAGUUUUGGAGAUAGCACAGUUUUCCCACUCAUGAUUGAAACAAGCAAAAAUACCUUAUAUAUUUUAUACAUAAGUACCUUAAAUAUUUUAAUGGCACUAAGCUACCUCCCAUCUGGUAGGUCUUGAUUAAGAAGAAUUUAUUUUUCAAGCAAAUGUUUAAACUCUUUGUAUUAAGGACCUACAAACUGUUUGUGUAGCAUUUUGUGUUCAUAUAGGUCUUUUCAAUGCUAGUACAAUAGAGAACUGAAUCCUGAUCAGUACUUCUGAAUAGUACAGUAUUAAAAAUACCAGACUGAGUCAUAUGAAUUUCCUAAAUAACUGUGAAUUUCACAGGAAAAAACUGCAAUGCAAUGUAUUUUGUCUUUGGAAGUACUAAUUUAAAGUUUGAUCAAAACUAUUUAAAAACAACUGUGAAAAUGCUUUCUAUGCAGCUUUUUUGCUAGAUUAUUUAAGUAAUUUUAUUUUUACUCCAGUUGAUUGUGCUCUUGAGAUUAUUACAAAAAAAAAAGGAAGAAAAAAACAAAGAAAGGAUCACGUGACAAGGUGAGUCUUUUUAAAGCUCACUACUCUUGGCAUUGUCCUUUCUGGCAUAUUGUCAUGCACUAGAAAGAUAUUUUAGGCAUUUCCGCAGUGAUUGCAACCAUGUUACAUACCCUGAUUUCACGUUUUUUUGGAUAUCUGAUUGAUUGAGUUUUGUGAACUGCCAAAACUUUUCAGUUACUAGCAUAAUAAAAACUUUCAGGAAAAAUAAAAUAACUGUGGAAGGAACUGUACUCUAAAUUUCAUAGGUAGCAAACCACUAAACCUUUCACUCAAAACCAGUGUAAGGGUCUACUGUGGGUAUUACCUACCAUCGGCUAUGUAUCUGGUUUAUCCUGGACGAGGCUAGAAAUCAAGUUCUGAUUUCCCUGAUGCUGGUAGAUGGUGUCUAAACCACUUCAAAAAUUAGUGGUCCAACAAAGAACUAUUGCACAUCCAUCCCUUUUCAGGAAAGGACUGAAAGUUCCCCAUGGAAUUCACUGAUAAUGAAUUAUAGACUGAGGAGGCUUGUUGCAAGACAAAGAGCUAUGGCCUGGAGCUCCAGAGCCCCUGUUCCACAGUGACAUUUUGGGCUCACUAGCUGUGUACCACUUCACAAUUUAUUUGUAAACUAGCUCAGCUGUGCUCAAGUGCUUACAUCUGCAUGGUGACUACCUGAAGUAACUACUGUGAAAUUGUAUCCUUGGAAUGAAAUACUUUCAGUGCACACAGAGAUUUAUAUUGGCCUCAUAGGGAGUAUUCUACAUGCAAUCAAGGACUGAAUUACAGUUUUUUAUGUGAUCAAAGCUGAUUAAAGGAAUAAAGGCCCUUUCUGCUGAGCUUUGGAUGUGGGCCCUGUGUUGACAAAGUAACCACUGGAACUCUCCCUUUUAUGAACAAGCAGUGAAAUAGAACUCUGAAAGGUCAUAGAAAAAUUAGACAUCUGCUGAUUAAUUAUCCACAGCAUAUGAACAAUUUUGGGGCCAUGUAUAUUUAUUGUUUCUUAAAGUCAAAGGCUGUCUUCAUAUAAAGAGGAAGCACUGCACUGGUUGGUUCUGAAAAGCAGGAUAAGUAAAAGAGGAAAUUGUUCUAAUGUGACUGUACUGCCCUCAAUGCUCCAUCUAACUGGGCGUUCCCACGUGGUACAGCACUGUGCCACUAUGGGCAAAUCCUCUAAGACAAAUUACCUUUCUCUGUAGAACAAACUCCCUGUUCUUCAAAUGGAAGGAUAGUGUAGCAAAGCAGUACAAUGCUUAGGUAAAUAUUUAUGAAUCUAAUGUAAUAAAUAUAAGGGGUUUUUUUUUGACAUGUAAUGCAAUGUUUCUGUAAUACAUUAUAGUUCUGUAAAGAUUACUUGUUACUGGAACUCUAGGUGUUAUUUUAAUCAGGAGCAAAGUGCAGAUGAUAGGAACAGCUGUUCCUAACAGUUUCAGCAUAAAAUUGCAACCAACCUGUGGUUAUGAUCUCUUAAAUAACUUUGGUUUUGGUUUAGUGCCAUUGUUUUUUUUUUUUAAUUUAAAAAAGUUCUUUUGUAAUUAAAUGUUGUUUUUUUUCUGACUUUUUCUAACUUUCUCAUUCAAAUGCUUAUUUUUCUGUGUAAAAUAUAUCCAAAUGAUGCUAAGCGAUAAUUAUUUUGUGAUUUCACACUUUACAUCUUUGUAGAGAGCUAGUAGUACUGUGUAUGACAAGGGACAUUGAUAAGUUAAAGUCCUGCAAAACAAACGCCUGCUGGAAAAAGAAAUAAUAGGCUAGAAGUUUAGAACUUUGCUGCAAUUGCAAUACACCUUUGCUCAAUCUGUAAUAUAACAAUUACUGGGUACAUGCAAAGGAACAGGAGACUUCUCAGCGCUCAUUAAAACUACUGGUUCUUAAUUCUUCAUAAUUAAGUAAUUAAAUUAGGGCACAAGUGGGAAGUCCAAAAUGCAUUCAGGUAAGCUGAUAAGAAUCUUUUAUAAUUAAAAAGACAGUGCUGCAUUAGUCGCUUAUUUGGGGUGAUUUGGUAAGCCACCAUUGUUUGACUGAUGACUUGAGAAACACAUAUGCAUGAGAUUUUUCACCUGCUGAUUAUUGCUCCAGAUUAAUUCUGUGUGCAACCCUGUACAGGCAUUACAGCAGUCAGGA